AUGCGGUUCAAGGCUUCGAUACAGAACAUCUCUACUUUCACGAAGUUCACUGCUUCUCUGGCAUCUCUUGGACCUGUAGCGUGGGUUAAGCUCGAUGAAAGUGAAGUGCGCUUCACUGUCAUUCCCGAACAAGGCAGCCAGGUUUGGGCCGUUUUGUCCAUUGACACCAUCUUCGACCAGUACAACAUCCAAUCAGCUGCCAACAAUGUCAUCAACCUCGAAGUGCCACUUGUGCCGCUUCAGCGCGCAUUGAAAUCUGCCUUGUCCGCCACAUCUGCGUCAAUACGCCUUACCAAAAAGGAUAACAUCCCACUUCUUUCGCUCACCAUUAUUACAAACAGUUUGAGCAGUACCACCCAUAGCGUCUAUGGGGGAUCUGGCACGGCGAACGACGGCUUCGGUUUCGGCGAAGGCGUGCAUGGCUCUGAUGGACAGGGUUUGAGGGAGCGAGAGACAGUGGUAACCCAAGACGUACCCAUCAAGGUGCUCAGUCCUCUCAGCGUCGAGGGAAUUCACGAGCCUAGGUCCCGGGAUCCUGAUGUGCAUAUCCUAUUGCCGCCACUCAUGCAACUGAAGAACAUAUCCGAUCGUUUUACUAGACUGGCUCUCGCGGCAAGGACCAAUGUCACUAGCGGCGUGACGAGCAUGUCAUCUUCAGGACCGCGUUUGGAGUUGGCUGCCAACAUGCAUGGUUGCCUUAAGAUCAGUAUCCGUACGGAUGCUAUGAACAUUUCCAGUGUCUGGACUGGCCUUUCAAACCCGGAGCUCGACCCAUCGCAAAUCGAAGGCGGCGAAGAGGGCAUAAGGCACCAUCCCAGCACGAAGAUGAAGGAGCUCGGAACGGCCGAUGGGCGCAGCGAAGAGGGAUGGGCCUCCGUCCGAAUUGACGGACGAGACUGGGGUAAAGUCAUGUCUGUUGGAAGGCUAGGUGGUAGAGUCAUCGCCUGCUUCUGCCACGAUCAUGCUCUCAUUCUUUACGUGUACCUGCCGAAUGACGAAGACGGACGAGACGGUUCCGUCCUAACGUACUACGUCGCCUCCUACAGCGAAUGA